AUGUAUAAAGCUAGGGACUUUGGAGCUGGAGCACUUUUUAAUCAGAUUCUUUCUCUAUUGAUGUCUCAAAAUUUAGAAGAUCAAGAACGUCAUUUACUAGUUAAAGUAAUUGAUCAGGACCGUAAAAUUAUAAGUAACCUAAGUAAAGCUGCCGGAUUACCAAAGAUGAUUUCUACAAUGAGAUCAGAUAUUGAUCAUGUUAAUGAAUAUGUUAGAAACACCACAGCAAGAGCCUUUUCAGUUGUGGCACCUGCACAUGGAAUCCCUGCAUUAUUAUCAUUUUUGAAAAGCGAUAUUGUUGAUUAUUUUACAUAUUAUACAGAUAACUUUUUUUUUUAUAAACGUCUAUAUAUUGGUAUAUUACACUUUGUACAAUUUAAUUAUUGUAAUUGGACUGGGUUGGAUAAACAUUCUGCCGACAUUGCAACUUUUCACAUCACAACGUCAAUGAAAACAGAGUUUGGUGGUUUGUCCAAAGGUAAAACCAACCAGCAAGAAAAAUUUAUGAUGACAACGAAUAUACUUGUUGGUAUUAAUUUAAUUAAAAAAAAAACAAUGAUUGCAAAAACAACACAAUCAGUCAUUGACCGAAUGCAAAGAGUAGAAACUCCAGCAGAAUCUAGAAUCUCUUCUAGUCCAAGUCUUGCUCCUAGCACCUCCACUGAAUCUUCCAAUAAGUCACGAUCGCCUA